AGGCCCUGUCGUGACGUCAAUCAUACAUGUCCUUGAAGGAUACGCAUCUGAAAUUUGAAAUAGUCUUCAUUUCCCUACCCUUGGCCACCCGGAGCUAACCUUAUUGUUGUGCCUAGCAACAUCGCUUCCUCCAACUACGCGCACCUGCAGUAAUAUCUAAGUAUUAGGUAAUAGUUUAUCUUCAACGCUCUGCGCCAUUACUAAAAAUGAUUUCUCUCCUCUGUAGCAGCGAAUGCGAAAACCAAGAGACGGUAUUUAUAAGGUUGUAACUACCAAGAGGCAGGACUCAGGUAAAAAACGAUAGUAGUCGUUACUGGUGUAAUUGAUGAUAUCAAAAUCAUUCGAUAUAUACUUCCUUGUAUGGAAGUACGUAGUAGCAUUGUCUUAGAACCACUGUCUGGGUAGUAGACACAAAAACCUGUUGAUGUUCUUGUUAGUUUUGAAUAUUAACUUUCAAUUUCAAAAUUAUUUUCAUGACUGUUAGAUUGCAGCCGCACUUUUCGAUCGUGAUAUAGUAGAAAUUUCUUGUCCGUUUUAUAUGCAUUAUUUGCGUUGACUUCUUGAAGAUCAAUAAGAUUUUAUAUUUUAUUUCAAAGUGAUGAAUAUAUAGGUGGUAGCUAUUCGUUCGACGAAGAUCGAUAUAAUAUUUAUUGUAGUUAUCUCGGAUAGUUGUACCUUCAUUCAGAAUUAUUCCCGUGUUUAUUCCAUUGAGUGAAUUAAACCUCCCUUGGUUGAUGUUUUUUCUGACUCGUCCCACGCUACCCCUCUUCUUGAUCCCUCGCUGUACAUAGUAUGGUGGAGAUUUGAUGCGUGCUCGUCUUUCAUCUCCCUUCGCACACUCGUAUUCAUCUGGUUUCUUUUUAAGUGUUUCGACGCUUGCGAAGCAGCUCGCCACCGUUACAGAGCCGAGCCGCGGGAGUCGUUAUACAUUGUUUUGUACAACUUGUCAUUGUUAUAAUCUUGACGAUUUCCUUGUACCCCGAAGAACGCAUACGAUUACGAACUGGGCCUCGUGCUAAUUCUAUCUUAACCGUGGUCAAGAUGGGUGGGGCAGGCGGUGACAACAUGAUGCACCCGAACGCUGUACCGUCGCAGGAUAGAGGCAACGAUCGCGGCGCAAGGAGCGGGCGGCGCAAUGCGGCUCGGCAACAGGCACUUCGAGGCGGCGCAGCCGUUGUUCCGGUGCACGACGAGCAGCAGCUGGAAAGGGGUGAAUCAUCCACCACAGAAAAUGCACCUGCUCAGCGUCAAACGUUGACAGACAUGGCGGCGGAUUUGAACGCCGACCAUUCGAAGCCACCAGACGGCGAGACCUUGCGAGGCAAAAUGCACGUCGACGGGGAGUUCACGGAGGCGGAGCUCGCGGCCAUGAGUGAUUGGGACCGGCAGAAGGAAAUCUAUCGGCAAAAAAUCGCUGACAUUCUCAACAGUUCUUAAGGCUUUCGGGAAUCCAUCUUCAGAAGCAUCUUGGUGAAGCAUCUUCAUAAGGAAAAAGCAGGCUCAUCCCAGCAUGAUGACUUUCAAGAUGGAUUCCGGGGAAGAUCUAACGUUCGCGCUUCGACUUGGGCAUCAACUUCAUCAUUUUGGUCAACUCAGGGACCAUCGGUUGGGAAGCGCAACUUGUUGUAGAAGGAAAAAACGUCGGGGCUUUUGCUGCGCUAGAGAACGUAUUUUAUGACGAGACCAAUUUUUGAUUUCAAUCUCAUUUUUUUUUUCGUUUUCAUCGAUCUACUUCACCAACCAUCAACAUCAAGUAGGAAAAUUCUACUGGUGCUGGGGAUAGUAUCUAGUAUUCGAAUUUGAUGGGAUCCUUCUGUUGGUUCUCAUGAUUUAUCGUCUAGAACAAGAAUCCUAGAUGUUGAUCCCUGAAGAUUUAUCUUGCCUUAUGUUGUGCUCGUGACCCUUUGAUGAUAUUUUUAAGUAUUGUUACUGACGGCGUUGGCGGCGUGAAGGUUUGACUUUCGCGUUGAUCAUGAAGAUCAACAAGUAUAAGUAGAUCUAUUGCUAAUAUUCGUCCACACCUGCAGAUGAUUUUUUCUCUUCCUCUAAAUUGAUCUGUGUAUCUACCUGAUCGAGUUGUCGUCGCGUUUUUUCGCUUUUGGGUUCAGAAAGUCCAUCACCACGUCGGGCUGGGUCGCGUUCGAUUUUGUUUUGGUGAGCACUGGAGUUUUGGUGCAGUGGUUCUUGCCGCUUAUAUUUCUGGACGGCGAACAGGAUUUACUGGAGCCCUUGUUUGUUUUCCGUGUGCUGCGAUUGCUUCGUUUGGCACGAGCUGUGCGUUUGAUCAUCACGUUCAAAACCCUGUGGCUUUUAGUAAGAGGCUUAUUAACCUCUGCCGACACGAUCACCUUUACGCUGCUGCUGAUCACGAUGACGGUGUACGUGUUCGCAGUGGUCGGGAUAGAGCUCAUCACGAAGAAUAAGCAGUUCUUCUUAGACCGCGACGAUGGUACCCACGUACCUCCAGGCUACAUAGACGAAAUGAUGAACACUGAAUUUCGGGACGUGCCUGCUGUGAUGUUGACGCUCUUCGGUUUCGCAACUUUGGACUCUGUGAACCGUAUCUACGCGCCUAUGAUAAAAGUCCAGCCGUUCUUGAUUUUCUACUUCAUGCCUUUUAUCCUGAUCGUCUCCAUCGCCAUGAUGAACCUGGUCACGGCAGUCCUGGUCGAGAACGCCUUGGAGAGUUCCAAGAACGAUAAGGAAAUGAACGCGGUGUAUGCUAAAAUAAAGCUUGAGGCAAUGAUGCCCGAGAUCAAAAAAAUGUUCAAUACUUUAGACGCAGACGGUUCUGGUGAUUAAGGCUUCCGCUAAUCCAUCUCUAAAUAGGGAUCCCUCAAACGUAAUAUGCGCCUGAAUACAAGGGGAAAAAUAUCGACGCGCCAUACCACGCUUGAGGGAUUAUUUCCACAGCAGGGAUGAAUUACAAUUAGGAAGUAGAGGUCUAAGGCGAGAUUUCAAAGGAGGAACUCAUAGGUGGCCUCGAUGCGAACCCCAUGAUGAAGAUGGAGUUGCAACAUUUCCUAGGAAACCAAGACCCACUCCACCUGUUCGACAUUUUAGACGUGGAUGGAGACGGAGAAAUUGGUAUUUCCGAAUUUUGCGACUACCUUCUGGAGAGGGUAACUUCUGAAGUUAAGGCAGCUCAUGAAGAAAGAUCAAUAGAUUUCAUCAAUGUUUACGAGCUAAGAAUGCCAUUAUUUCUCCCUGUUAGUUUUUCUUUUUUCGUCUUGAGAUUCAUUUGGAGAAAUUGAAAUACACGUGGCAAAAACAAGAUGAAAUGAUUUUUUUUUUGUUGCGCUCCCGCUCCUCUUCUAAUAAACCGCCAGUUGAAGUGACGCGAGUUGCAAAGAUAGUGCAGCAAAUUAAGACUCAUACGACGAAGAUUCUUCACGCACAGCGCAUGAGAGCGGGAGCUGCAGCGAUGUCAGAGGUACUCAAAGGCGGAUCGAGUAAGGAAACCACGGGGGAUGAACAAGGUACUUUUUAUAAGUCUUAGAUCUUUAUCUUUAUACACGGGGGAUGAACAAGAAGGUAUUAUUUAAGUCUUAAAUCUUUAUCUUUAAGGACGAAACCACGAGGGAUGAACAAGGUACUAUUUAUGUAUAGUCUUAAAUCUUUUUUCGGAAAACCACGGGGAAUGAACAAGGUACUAUUUAGGUACAAGUCGCCGGCCAUGUCUUUAGGCCGGAGGAACGAGCGUUAAGCCCUGAGCCACAAAACGGGCGAAAGGGAGAGAGAAAGAGGAGCCUCCCCGAUCUGGGGAUGGCGGAUCCCCUUAAGAUUAUACUUAAGUAGUGCCUUGCUCCUCAUCCCCCGUGGUUUCAAGGUACUAUUUAAGUAUAAUCUUUAACCUUUAUCUUUAUAAUACUACAUAGCUUCCUUCACGUUUACAUAAAGAAAAUGUGAUGUACCUGCUUCACCUUUUGUUUUUUUCGGUCUUUUCCUAGUUAGGUUGGCUCCACCACUAUUUUUAUUGUGACAUGACAGUUUAAAGAUAAAGUUACUGCCUGUAUUACUCCUGCUGAUUGCAUCCGCUGACGCGUUUUGUUGAAAACGCAAUGUUGUAGUUCUUUGAUCGUGACUUUGUUACAACACCAAAAAAGAGUAAAGCUAAAAAAACGACCAGCUCCCUUCAAUCAACAUGAAUCUUUAACUUUUACCUCGCACAUCGCCAUCAUACAGCACUGGCACACAUAGAAGAGCAUCUAUCUUGUUGUUUUUCUUUGUUUAACACUGCAUAUGCACACCUCAUUUCCAUAUUCAAUUGCUGAGUAUUAAGUAAAAAAUGUAGCGUUUAGGUACUUAGGUUUUUCCGUCUCCAUCACGGACCGGCCGUUCAUGCUGAGUAUUAAGUAAAUGUAGCGUUUAAGUAGGUUGUUCCGUGGUCUCCAUCACGGACCGGCCGUUUAUGCUGAGUAUUAAGUAAAUGUAGCGUUUAAGUAAGUAGGUUGUUCCGUCUCCAUCACGGAGCGGCCGUUUAUUCUACACCAAUUUACUCAGGGCGAGCUAUGCGAGCAGAUAUUACUGACCUGAAGCACAAGGUUGAGGGUCUUACCGAUGACAUGCAUUCGCUAGAUGAGAAGCUGAACAGGAUAAUCGCUGCCGUGUGCGCUGAAUAGGAUAAUCGCUGCCGUGUGCGCUGAAUAGGAUAAUCGCUUCCGUCUGUGCUGAAUAUUAGGAUCAUCGCUGCCGACGUCUCCGUCUGUGCUGAGUAGCAGUAGCAGUAAAUACUAAGUAGACGUUAUUCAUGUUCGGAUUUUUGGGGCAGUACUAAUAGAAAAUUGUUUAUAAUUCUGAAGAAGAUGUUCUUGGCGGGGCGAAUGAGAUUCCCCGAGGAGCACCAUCUAUUUUGUGUUUCUUUUUUCAAGUUUGGGACGUAGCUUGCAUGAGAAUACUGAUCCGUACUGCUCCUCAUUUCUUCCGUGGCAUGCCUCACUUUCGUGUUUACCAACCUUGGGCGAGGGACGCGAACAGAUAU